AUGAGCCCUCGACAGUUGAGCCUCGCGACACUUGAGCCUUACAAAAUUGAAAUUUCAUCGAUGAAGUAUAUAAUGCCCGAAAUUAAUAUUGGAUCACUUAAUUUACUCGAAAAUAGUGCACAGGAUCAUGAGACAUCUUUCGAUGGUACUGAUAACUCGCUGAUGCUUUAUCAUUGUUGUUAUUAUUUUUAUCGUCGUGCAAAUAAAUCUCAAAUUAUUUGGUGUUGUUGUCGAAAUAUCUGUACUGCUCGUAUACGUUUUGAUGGAACAGGAUAUAUUAAAGUUACGGAUCAUGUUCAUGCAUCAAAUCCUGAAGAGACAAUAUCAGUGGAAUUCAAAUCAAAUAUCAAUUCUGGUGCAACAGCAUCACAUGAUCCACCACAACGUAUUAUUCAUCAAGCUUUAUGA